AAUUUAUAAAUGACCAACCAACUAACCUAAGCAAUGAACAUUAUUCCACUCUCCAAAUUACCACCAACUUUUUUAGAUCAUAUCAACAUGGGACUCAUCAUCAUCAUCAUUGCAUUGGUCAUGGUCGUAGUAGUUGCAUCAUCAACGUCCGAUCAAACAAAUGUCCUCACACCACUUUGCAUCAGUGAAUGUUCCACAUGUCCCACCAUUUGCUCCCCUCCGCCUUCAAAACCCUCUCCCUCCACGUCGUCGUCACCACCUCCGUCUCCCACAUUGCCGUCAUCCACUUCUCCACCGCCUCCACCGCCACGCAAACACUCUCCCCCGCCACUUUCGCAAUCGCUUUCACCGCCACCGUUAAUUACCGUUAUCCAUCCACCGCCGCCACGGUUUUACUAUUUUGAGUCCACGCCACCACCUCCACAGAUAUCUUCCGAUGGAAAAGGCUCGCCCCCAUCAGCUCCACCGUCGCCACCAUCCCCUAAGGGACAGUCACAAGGGCGACAACCUCCUUACCCGUUUCCUUAUUUCUAUUUCUACACGGCAUCAAAUGCCAAUCUUCUCUUUUCUUCUUCCUUUUUGAUCUCUCUUGUUAUAUUUUCUUUAUCUAUCUUUCUUAACGGUUCGUUAGUGUGAAGAACUCCUCUAUAUUGUUAAAUUAUACUUACUGUUAUAGUAUACUAUUAUUCAUUUUUGUUGUAAUAUAAGAUUGCUUUCUCAUCAAUGCAACAUUGAACAUCAAAGUA